CCAUCCAUCAAUCACGUCCAAUUUUCAACACUCUUUCUCUCCUUAUCCGCUCGUUGUUUUUUUUCUUUAAUUUCAAAUUCGAAUUCCUAUACCUAUAUUUUUAAAAUGGGCGCCGGCCAAUCUUCGAAUCCAGCCCACAACAUUCCGCCUCAGCCCUCGCCAGCGGCAGCGGCAGCGAACCCUAACGUCAAUCCGAAAAACCCGAACGGGCUGAAGCCUUGCUGCGUGUGUCUUGAGACCAAAAAGGCACGCGACACGUGCUACUUUGAAAAGGGCGACGAGGCAGAGCAAAAGUGCCACUACCUUAUUCUCGCUCACAAAAAGUGCAUGGAGGACUUGGGCUUUACCAUUUGAAAAUAAAAAGACGGUUAUUUUGUUUGGUCGAAUGCUUGUAUAGUUUGGUUGGUUCGUUGGUAUUAAUAAAUAAACUGAGAAAAUUAACAUGGUGGAAAAUUGAAAGAAUCAUAC